CUAUGCCACCAGGAUGAAGACGGAUUUCACCCGCAAGACAGGAGCAGUGCCUGCUUUGAUCCGAUGAGGUCUCCCUGUGUUGCCUAGGCUGGCCUCAACCUCCUGGACUCAAUCCUCGUGUGCCUCAGGCUCCCUAGUAACAGGGAGUCUAGUGUGCACCACUAUGCCUGGCUUAGAACUGCAUCCUAAAAAGAUAAAAGGGCUGUUUUGCUUUCAGUUAGUUCAUGCAUUCAAUUUCAAAAAAGUAUCAGAAGAUUAGGAUAUGCAUAUGCACUUAGUGAUCCCAUUCUGAAUACACGAUACAGUGACGAGUACGUUUGGAAAUCAUAUUCUAAGGAAAAUACCAUAAAAAAUGGGUCUUCAAGAGGACUAAGGAGACACAAAAAAGGCUACAUUGAAUGGACACUACCUCCAGAGCAACCAAGUGAGACAAAAAGGGGCUGCGUUCCUUGGAAAAUUCCUGCUUCUAUGGAAGAAAUUAAGAAGGCCAUAGCAAAUCAGUUUGUUUCCCACACCAAGAGUGAUUUUGUGGAUCUAGACAAAGUUCAGGAGAUUAAGAACAGUUCUCCGGUGUGUUUGGACUGGAAAAAGCACCUUCCCCGGCCCCCAGACACUGAAUUUCGACGGAAUUACCAAAUUCCAGCUAAACUUCCCGAGUCGCAGGAUUUUAGCUUCCGAUAUGGAUGCUACUCCAACCUGUCAGCUGCUUCUAAAGGUCUAGUCCCUUCGGUGCUACACAGCUACAUGAGGACCCAAGAAUGUACCAAGAAGCAGACCACUUACCAAAGCGACUACGGGAAGGACCGCCUGGACUUCUUAAUGAUCCUGAACUCCAUCACGCCCCGGCAAAUCAAUAACUACCUUAAGACUGUUUCUGACAAAGACAGAGAAAUUCUUGAUCACUUUCUCCAUUCUUACUGUGGCAUCAAGAAAGAAAUGAAAGAGGGAAAUUGCUCAGUGAUGAAAACCAGAAAAUCAGUGGAAGCGAUGGGGCCUACCUAAAAAAAUCAAGAAAAAAUGGAUACGUAUUACUCCAAAUGCAUGUGAUGGUUUUGAGCCUGUGGAUUUGUUUUGUUUUUUAAUAAUAAAGUCAUUUAAGGCUACAAAU